AUGCUAUCUCUUCAAGCCCUCUUACCAUUGAUAGCUGGUAUAGCAGUACCUGCAGCAGCAACUGCAGGUGCAUCAGCUUGUUCAAAUAUAAGCACUCAAUUAAGCUCAUCCAAAGUCGAAAGUAAUGAGCUGAGCUUGAGUUAUAUUGAAAGCACCGAAUACUGGAAUACUCUCCAGGAUGACUAUAAGCCUACCUGCAUUGUUUAUCCUGAUUCCGCUCAAGAUGUCUCUGUGGCUAUUCAGGCGAUUCGCGCCGCUGGUAGUCGUUUUGCGAUCAAAGCAGGUGGCCAUAAUCCAAACACGUUCUAUUCCUCGGUUGAUAAGGGCGUGCUCUUGGAUCUGAGUAAUAUGACAGCGAAAUCCUACAAUGAGGAAACAACACUGGCCACGUAUGAGCCUGGUGGUGUCUUCGGCGAUGUAUAUGAAUAUUUCGCGGAAUGGAAUCGCACAGUUGUCGGUGCGCGACUCGCAGGCGUUGGGACUGGUCUUGCGCUGGGUGGUGGGAUGAGCUACCUAUCACCUCAAUAUGGCAUGGCGUGUGAUUCUUUCCGUGAACUUGAAAUCGUCCUACCAGAUGGUCAGAUUGUGACAGCCUCCAACGAGACAAACACAGACCUAUUCUUCGCAUCUCGUGGUGGCGGCGGAAACGCAUAUGGGAUUGUGACGAAGUACACGGUACAGAGUCGACCUAUUGGCGAGUUCUGGGCUGGGAAUCUGAUUUACCUAUUUGAUCAAACGGAUUCCGUUGUUGAAGCGAUCGGAGACUUCAUAGAAUACAACACUGAUCCCAAAGCUGCCAUUAUCGGUACUUACGAGAAACUACCAACUCCAGACCUAGAUCUGAAUCUCGACGAAGCUAUCAUCAUGUUCCUCGUCUACAAUGGUCCAGAUCCAGGUGAUGCAUUCAAGAAUUUCACCGAUAUCUCUGCUUUACUCGAUACAACUGGUAUCAAGACCUAUACGGAGGUAGUCAACAUGCCCAUCCCAUUCUCAGCUGAAAUCUCUCGCGGAAACAACAUGUUCCGUGUUGGGGUGCAUCGACCAGGAAAUAACUCGUACGCUAACGCGCUAGAUGGGUGGCGAAACUGGGCAGAGUCGAAUAAGGGGAGCUAUGAGCUUCUCUCCCUGGAUUUCCAACCUGUUCCGAAAAGCCUCACAGAUGCUAGUAAAGCGCAAGGUGAGAAUGCGAUGCAAAUGCCUGAUGGGCCAUAUUUCUGGUUGAAUUAUCUUAUUUCUACGCCUUUGGGUAUGAGUGAAGCGGAUUAUGAUGCUGUGCAAGCCAGUUAUCGGGAUAUGGUAAAGGAGACAGGCAAUGCCGAGGGUUUGCCUCUGUUUAUCAAUGAUGCGAAUUAUGAUCAGAAUCCGUUACAGACUUUCUCAACAUUCUCCAGGUUGCAGGAGAUUAAGAAGAAGUAUGAUCCUGAUAGUUUCUUUGUGAAUUAUACUGGGUGUUGGUCUUUUGCUUGA